AAAGGCUUUCAGAGCUAGGAAGGAGCUCUAGAUGGCGGAUGAUCCUUAGGAAGGCUGCUAUGGGCUGUCGUCAUUCCGUUUUUCUUGCUCCCCUGUGUCGACUGAGGCGACGUCCUGCUAUGUUCAAGUGAUGCCUCCGCUUACUCGCUCGACGUUUUGACGGGUUUGACGCCGUUUCGCUGGGCUUUGGUGUCCGUUUUUGCGCGUCGACGGAGCCGUCUCGGCUGUGGGAGUUGCUCGCCGUUGUUUUCUAUGCAGGGCUCCGGCAGCCAUGGCGCGCCUCCAUUUUUAGAGUGCUCUCUCGCCUCUUGUCUCGCUGACGCUUGACAGCGGAGCACCUUCGCCAAAAGGCCUAUGAUGUAUUUAAAACGCGAUUCUUUUGGUAUUUAAUGACAAGUAAAAUUACUUUUCUGCCUCUGCCGAUUUGACGUUUUAUUUAAAUUUUUGCAACCACGGCGAAUCGAAAGGAAAUAGUGCAAUCAAUCUAUCGGCACUACAUCGCUCCGGGAUUGCUCUGUUUACAUCGAUUUCUUUAUUAAUCCUACAUUGUCUUCACGUUUAACUUUAUUCCUAACGGAGUCGGGGUUUUUUUUUUCGAUGACGCAGUUUGAAUUAAUUGAUGCGACUCGGCACUUGGGACACAUUGCUGGCAUAUGUAGGCUAAAUGAAUAGCACAUGCUGUUAGCAAGCAUAUUUCGUGUAUAUAACAGAUGUGUAUGUAGCUAUAAUGAACAGUCACUUGGAUUAAAUUCCACUUUCUCCUCUCGCGUCGCACCGUUUUGGGAUCUAAAGUGCCUGCCGAGGAGCGAAGGGAAUUGCGAGGCACUUGUACGCUACGUUAUGCCUCCUGGAACUUUUUGAGACGAAUACCAGGACACAAGAUCACCUCUCCCAACGGAUCUAUACACUUGCAUUGAAAACACACACACACAUUUUUCUUCAACGAUGAAGAACAGAAAUAAAAAGCAAGGGGAUGAAGGAUCGACUCAAAGCAAUGCUUCCAGCAUUUCCGCCUCGGAUGAAUCCAACUGCUCGGCAUCGGAGUCGGGGAGUCAGUCCGAGAGCGAGCGCGGCAGCGUUCACGGCGGCGAGAGGCGACGGCCCCGCCAGUCGGAGUCCAACAGCUCCUCGGGGUCGGAGAGUCGCUCGGGGAGCGGCAGCGAGUCUGCCGAAUCCAAGAGGCAACCGAGCAGUCACCUGAAAGACAAGCCAGUGAAGAAGAAGGAACGUCUAGCUGAUGUCAAGAAGAUGUGGGAGGAGCAUCCAGAUGUGUACGGGGUCAGAAGGUCAAAUCGCAGUCGACAGGAACCAUCUCGCCUGAACAUCGGCGCUGGGGGCAGCAGUGACUCCGAAAGUGAAAGUCCCAAAAGAAAAAGCUCUCGCGUCAAAAAGAAGGAUAUCUGGAAUGAUGAUGAUGAUGAUGAUGAUGAUGAUGAUGAUCAUGACGAGGAGGAAGCUUCCAGCAGUACAGACAGUGAGCAGGAAGAGAAAAAAGUAAGAUCCAGACGACUUCCUGCGAGAAGACCCCAGACAAAAGCGUCAAACAAAAAACUGUCCCAAAAAGCAAGAAAGUCCAGGAAACGGGACUCCUCCCCCGAGGACGAGGAUGACGACGAUGAGGACGAUGAGGAUGAUGAUGACGAGGAGGAAGAGGAGGAUGAUGAUGAUGAUGAUGAUGAGGACACGCCAAAGAGACAAACUCGCCGAAGAGGGGCAACUAAAGUCAAAAGCUAUAAAGAAGACCAACACGACUUUGAAACGGACUCCGAUGACCUCAUCGAGAUGACGGGCGACGCGUGCGAGGAGCAGCAAGAUGACGACAGCGAGACCAUCGAGAAAGUCAUGGACACCAGGAUGGGCAAAAAAGGAGCCACCGGCGCUCCCACGACCAUGUACGCCGUCGAGGAGAACGGCGACCCGUGCGAAGGCUUCGACCCCAACGACCAAGAAGGGGAAACGCAGUAUCUGGUCAAGUGGAAGGGCUGGUCGUACAUCCACAACACGUGGGAGAGCCUGGACUCGCUGACGCAGCAGAAGGUCAAGGGCUUGAAGAAGCUGGACAACUUCAAGAAGAAAAAUGACGAGCUCAGCGCAUGGUUGAAGAAGGCGUCUCCCGAAGACGUGGAGUUCCACAACUGCCAGCUGGAGCUCAUCGCAGACUUGAACAAGCAGUUCCAGUUUGUGGAGCGCGUCAUCGCGACCAAAACGGGAAAAACUCACGGCUCCUCCGACUUCCCGUCUCACAGUCACAAGAGCACGUCCAACGAGCCCGAGUACCUCUGCAAGUGGAUGGGCCUGCCCUACUCGGAGUGCAGCUGGGAAGACGGCGCGCUGGUCAUGAAGAAGUUCCAGCACUGCAUCGACGGCUUCUUGAACCGCAACUCCAGCAAAACGCUCCCCUCCAAAGACUGCAAGGUGUUGAAACAAAGGCCGAGAUUUGUCGCCCUGAAAAAACAACCCACGUAUAUUGGAGACGAGAACCUGGAACUGAGAGACUAUCAGCUGGCCGGCCUCAACUGGCUCGCUCACUCCUGGUGCAGGUGCAAUAGCGUCAUCCUGGCCGACGAGAUGGGUCUGGGAAAGACCAUCCAGACCAUCUCGUUCCUGUCCUACCUGUUCCACCAGCAUCAGCUCUACGGGCCCUUCCUGGUGGUGGUGCCGCUGUCCACGCUCACCUCCUGGCAGAGGGAGUUCAACACCUGGGCCCCCGACAUGAACGUCGUGGUCUACCUGGGUGACGUCAUGAGCAGGAAAACGAUCCGCGACUACGAGUGGGUGAACCACCAGACCAAAAGAAUCCGUUUCAAUGCACUCUUAACCACUUACGAGAUUCUCCUCAAAGACAAGGGAGUCCUCGGAAACAUCAACUGGGCCUUCCUUGGCGUCGACGAGGCUCACCGGCUGAAAAACGACGAUUCCCUCUUGUACAAAACCUUGAUGGAGUUCAGAUCAAACCACAGGCUCCUCAUCACCGGCACGCCGCUGCAGAACUCGCUGAAGGAACUCUGGUCGCUGCUGCACUUCCUCAUGCCAGACAAGUUUGACUCGUGGGAAGAUUUCGAGGACGACCACGGCAAAGGGAGAGAGAACGGCUACCAGAGUCUUCACAAAGUUCUGGAGCCGUUCCUGCUGCGACGCGUCAAAAAGGACGUGGAGAAAUCGCUCCCCGCCAAAGUGGAACAGAUUCUUCGCGUUGACAUGAGUGCGCAGCAGAAGCAAUUUUACAAGUGGAUUUUAACGCGGAAUUACAAAGCUCUUUCCAAAGGCACCCGAGGCAGCUCCUCGGGCUUCCUGAACAUCGUGAUGGAGCUGAAAAAGUGCUGCAACCACGGCUUCCUCAUCAAGCAGCCCGAGGAGGGGGAGCCCGAGUCGCAACAGGAACAGCUGCAGGCUCUGGUGCGGGCCAGCGGGAAGUUGGUGCUGCUGGACAAGCUGCUGACUCGCCUGCGGGAGCGAGGCAACCGGGUGCUGAUUUUCUCGCAGAUGGUUCGAAUGUUGGACAUCCUGGCUGAAUACCUCACCAAGAAACGUUAUCCCUUCCAGCGAUUGGACGGCUCCAUCAAGGGAGAAAUUCGAAAGCAAGCACUGGACCACUUUAAUGCCGAAGGCUCAGAGGACUUUUGCUUUCUCUUGUCCACGAGAGCCGGAGGCUUAGGGAUAAACUUGGCCUCGGCCGACACGGUGGUCAUCUUCGACUCCGACUGGAACCCUCAGAAUGACCUGCAGGCACAAGCCAGGGCUCAUCGGAUCGGCCAGAAGAAGCAGGUGAAUAUAUAUCGACUGGUCACCAAGGGAACGGUUGAGGAGGACAUUAUUGAGAGGGCCAAGAAGAAGAUGGUUUUGGACCACCUGGUCAUCCAGCGAAUGGACACCACUGGCCGAACGGUACUGGACAGCAACUCUGGCAACACCAACUCCAAUCCGUUCAACAAGGAAGAGCUCACCGCUAUCCUCAAGUUUGGUGCCGAAGAACUCUUUAAAGAGGCGGAAGGAGAAGAGUCUGAACCCCAGGAAAUGGACAUUGAUGAGAUCCUCAGGUUGGCCGAAACCAGAGAAAGUGACCAGGGCCAAAGUGCCACUGAUGAGCUGCUGUCCCAGUUCAAGGUGGCCAAUUUUUCCAGCAUGGAGGAGAGCGCUCCCGACCUUGAGGAGAAGCCCUCUCGGGAAUGGGACGACAUCAUCCCCGAGGAGCAGCGGCGCAAAAUGGAGGAGGAGGAAAAGCAGCGGGAAAUGGAUCUCUUCAUGCUGCCCAGAAGCAGGAGCUCCAACAAGCGGGCUCAAGCCAACGACAGCGACAGCGACGUGGGCUCCAAGCUCAAGCAACACUCGUCCGGCUCCGACAGCGAGACCGACGACAGCGACGAGGACAAGAAGCCAAAGAGGCGAGGCCGCCCCCGAGCCCGCAAGAACAACGUGGAAGGUUUCAACGAUGCGGAGAUACGCAGGUUCGUUAAGGCUUACAAGAAGUUUGGAGCGCCACUUGAAAGGUUGGAAGCGAUCGCGCGGGACUCGGAGCUGGUGGACAAAUCCAUCGCGGACCUGAAGCGGCUGGGCGAACUCAUUCACGGCAGCUGCGCGGCGGCGGUGCAAGAGCACGAGGAAAACCUGAAAGAGAACCCAAUCGAAGCUAAAGGGCCCGGCAAGCGGCGAGGAAUAAACAUCAAGAUCUCGGGGGUCCAGGUCAACGCCAAGUCCAUCGUUCAGCACGAGGAGGAGUUUGAGCCCCUGCACAAAGCCGUGCCCGCCGAUCCGGCCGAGCGCAAUACGUUCAAACUCGGAUGCAGAGUCAAGGUGGCCCACUUCGACGUGGACUGGAAUGCCGAGGAUGACGUUCAGCUCUUACUGGGAAUUUACGAGCACGGCUUCAGCAACUGGGAUCUGAUCAAGACCGAUCCGGACCUCAAGCUGGCCGAAAAGAUCCUGCCGGACGAUCCGGGCAAGAAGCCUCAGGCCAAGCAGCUGCAGGCGAGGGCCGAGUACCUCCUCAAGCUUCUCAAAAAGGAACAAGACAGCGCCGAUGCCUCCAAAGCGGGGGACGAGGUCCUCAAAGUCAAAAAGAGGAAGCCUCGGGUGAAGAAGGAGAAGGCCGUCAAGGACGAGCAGGGCAACAGCGGGGGGUCGCCGCGCCUGUCGGACAAUCCGUCGGAGGAAGGCGAGCUCAAGGAGGAAGGAAGCGAGAAAUCCCCUGCCAAGAAACGACCCAAGAAGAAGGAUAACAAGGAGAACAAAGAAAAGCAGGCAACCCCCAAAAAGGAGAAGGAAGGCGAGAAAGAAAAAGCAAACAAGGCCAGGAAAGACAAGCCGAAAGGAGCCAAAGGGAAGAAAAGUCAAGGACCCGUUCACAUCACGGCGGGCUCCGAGCCCGUCCCCAUCGAAGGAAAAGAGGACGACAAACUGGACCAGGAGACUUUCAGUAUUUGCAAGGAGCGCAUGAGGCCGGUGAAGAAGGCCCUGAAGCAGCUGGACAAACCGGACGAGGGCUUGUCGGACCAGGACCAGCUCCAGCAUACGCGCACCUGCCUGCUGAAGAUCGGCGACCGCAUCACCGAGUGCCUUAAAGCGUACGGCGACCCCGAGCACGUGAAAAUAUGGCAACGAAACCUCUGGAUUUUCGUGUCCAAGUUUACCGAGUUUAGCGCCCGCAAGUUGCACAAGCUCUACAAGAUGGCCCAGAAGAAACGCUCCCACGAGGAAGAGAAGGAGCACAAGAAGAAGGACGACCCCCCCGGCAGAGGGAAGCCUUUCCGGCCCGACGCUUCGGCGUCCGCUCGCGAAGCCGCCGGCUCGCAGUCGGCUUCGUCUCACGCCGCGCAGUCGGGCCCGCACGGGCACCACCGAGAUUACAACGCGGGCGCCAAGCGGCACUUCCCCAACGACGACCGGGGGGACUGGCAGAGGGAGCGCAAGUACAAUCACCCGGGCAACCCGUCGUGGCAGGGCGAGCGGCAUCACCCGUACGACGCCCACCGCUACAAGGACCACUACGGCGAGCGGCACGCCCACGGCGACUCGUACCGCAGCGCCGGCGGCUACCGCAACAACAGCUCGCCGCGCAAGAGGCCCUACGACCUGUACGGCAACGACCGGGACCACCGGCCGCACCGGCCCUACUACGACAGACACCAAGACUCCAAAAGAAGGCGUCCGGACGACUUCCGCUCCAACUACCACCCCCAGGGACGCGACGGCCCCUCUCAAGACUUCCGCCGGAUACCCGAGCACCGGGCCGGCCCCGCGCUGGGCCAAGACCACUACGGCAGACCGUUCCACCUGGACAAAGCCUCUCCGCUGGACCCGCGCUCACCGCAGGCCCAGAAGUCGCCGCAUGAAUCUCGCUCGUCCCCCGUGGAGCCCAACCCCCCGACCGAGGCCACCUGGAACCACAGGAAGGCCUAAUAAACCUUUGGACCGGAUGCGAUCGGACAGUGUUGCCCUCAAAGGCGGACAGCGAACCAUCUCCAGUGAAGUGAAAUGAAACGGAGUCUGAGUCCCAUGGACUAACUUUCUUACGGUGGAUUUCGGACGCGAUGAACUUUUGACUGACCUUAAAGUGCCUGGUUGUGUUUUUUUAGUUUUUUUUUUUUUUUAAUGCACGACAAGGGGGAAUUCCGAUGAUUUCUGUGUGUCGUGCACUUUUUUUUUUUUUUGUCCUUUUCGUCCCCCCCGGCAGCGGCAUUUGUUAGGGUUGCAAAAGGGUGUGGAAGAUUUCCUGUAAAUAAUCACGGGGCAGGUUUGGAACUAUUCCAGAUUUCACAGGAAUUGAUUUGGAAUGGAGGUUCAUGUACUGUAUUUUGUUCAGGCGGAAUUAUCAACGAUGAUUUUGUUUUGUCAUAAGUAGAAAUCGAUUCAUAAUAAGCUAGCUCUCCUUGUGAGGACAUUCCUCUUUAAUUAGCCCCGCCCCCAAUCAUGUCUGAAUCCAAAUUUUACUUGCAGAUCAAAGCAAAAAAAAUAACAAAAAAAACGUAAUGAAUAUUCUAUUGAAAAGAGUCAAGCUUCCAUUUCGUAAAAUCCGUGUUUAUUCCAUAAAAUUUCCAGGCCCGCCACUCGGUAUGUUUGAUAGCGUUCGCAUUCCUGUCAACAACUCGCUAUUCCAUCUCGUUUACCAAAACAAGCGAAAAGAGCCCCUUCGUCAUUUAAAAAACUUUUUCUUUCAAGUGGCAAAUUUCCAAGGAAACUAAAAUGGGAAGAAUCAGUAUUAGUUGCGUCGUAACACUCGGAUCACCCCUUUUGGCUCUCCCCCCCCCCCCCCCCCCCCCCCCCGAGGUAUUCAGGAAUGAGCGCGUGUUUGUGUACUUGGACUCCCGGUGCCAAAUGCCAACCUCCAUUCUGCGCUUUCCUUUUUCUCCCGUUUGUGCCUUAUGCAUGAGUGGUGGUCCUUGCACACCACUUGCGGGAGGGAGGGAGGCUUGCUGCUGCGUAUAGUACAGUAUUUAAAUCAAGGGGGGAGGGGGGUGUAAUUGUGCUUGCUGUGCAAAUGGCAAAAUAAUGGAUUUUGUUCCAUCAGGGACAAAAGUCACGCGUAGACCACGCAGUGCAUGCGUUGCCGUAUUUGGUUCAAUUUUAGUGUUGCAAAGGAAUGGAAAUUUCCUAGCAAAUUUCCUUGCGACUGGAAGGAAGGGAGUUUGGAAAUGAUGAGCAAAAGUUCCCAAGUUCCUAGUUUCAAAAUGUCAAGCAUUUUUGCAACCCGUAUGGAAUUUGUUAGCAAGCCAAACAAAAUCUUUUGAGUGAGUUGAUCUUUGAAGGAACGCUGGGAAGUGGCCAAACAGAGCCUAAAAUGGCCGCCUUGUUGUGUCUUUGUGAACCUUUUUUUUUUUUGGUGGAUCUGCUUUUGGUAGCUGUGCCUACCAAAUUUCAGUCCAACUGGUUACGGGGGGCUGAAUUUGUCUCAAUGUUACGAUGAAUUAUAUGUACAUUUUCACAAGUAUAAAGUAUUCCAGUGUUGAAAAUUCCUGAAAAAUUGAAGCAAAUUUUUGCACUGUGAGGAAAAAAAAUCCCCAAAACUUACAAAUCAUGUAAAAAUGCCCCUAAUAUAUAUUUUAAAAAUCCCAUUUUAAGGACAUACGGAUUGCUCGAUUAAGUGAAAACUGGUAGAGGGACCAUGUAUCUAAGUGGUAGUCAUCAUGUAUUGUAUGUAGUAGAAAUACAAAAAAAAGUGUUUUCUCCUCCUCUUCCUCCUCUUCUUCCUCCACAUCAAGCAAGCUCCAGUCCUUGUAUGAUCUGUUCUCCCAGGAAAAAAAAAAAAAAGUCUAAAUAAUUUAUAUUUGUGACAACAACCACUCUUGAUGAGAAAUGCUCUUGUACAUAUGUUUGGACAUAUGUAAUAAAAAUUUGUUACACAAAAGA